AUGUCCACCCCACCUCCCCCCUCCCCCCCACCCCAAACCCACAGCGGCACCUGCCACUGCAGCCACAUCCGCUCCAGCAUCACCUCCACCCUCCCCUCCAUCGUCAGCUGCGACUGCAGCAUCUGCGUCCGUCGUGAGGCCCUAAUCCAACGCGUCCCCGAUGCUGAUUUCCACCCCAUCUCGCCCACCGCGGCGAGUCUCGAGGACAGGACGCAUGGACUGAUCGAGUGUCGCUCGCAGAUUCUUAUUCACGCAUACGACUUCUACCACGGCCAUUUUUCUGCUUUCAACAUCUCCACACACACAGUCCUGAACAGAUGCAAUGCGCUGAAGCGUAUUUCAGCGUCAACACUGCCUGAUACACUGCAAUGGAACGCCCUGGCUCUUACCGAAGCCUCAGCGAGGUGCGGUCUGGAUUUACAUAGGGUUCAAAGAUACAGUGAUGCUGACACGGACGCCUUACUAGAUGACCUGUAUACCUUGGAGCAGCUGAAGGACCCGCGGAUGAAUAUACGCAUUGUAAGGCCGCUAGUUGAUCCGUUGUAUGAUCCCCCAAAGUCCAACCUUCUGUCGCCCUCCAAGUCACUCCAGUGUAUUGCUCCUCAUCAGACCGUCUCUCCAAAUCCACAGCCCAAAUAA